AUGGACUCACAUAAUCAAUUUUAUAUAAUACAAGAUAUUAGAAAUUGUCUGAGGAAAUCUGCAAUAGAACUGUCACAGGUAAAAUUAUACAAAUCAUCGAAAUGGUCAGCGGAAGCACUUCUGGGGAUUUUAGAGUUUGAAAGUGAUAUGCCAGAAGAUGAUACUAUUAUACGGGGUGCAGCAGGUGCAUUGAACUUCAAUGAUUCACCGUUGAGUAACCAAAUCAAUCAUGGACAUAAACAGUCGAAUAAGAGAAGCCCAUUUAUAAAAACGUCUGCAGACAAUGCCGAAUUUACACAAAAAGAAUAUGACUUACAUUUAUUUGCUUCUACUUUAUUUGAUUCUAAAGAAUUUGAUAGAUGUUCUUUCUUUUUGAAAGAUGUUACGCAUCCCAAAUUAAAGUUCAUGAAGUUAUACUGCGAGUAUCUGUCAUGGGAUAAAAAAGUGAAAGAAAAGAUGGAAAAUCUUUUGACGACCGGUAAGACACCUAAAUACUUAAAUGAUAAAGGCAAUACUAGUUUAUUUAUAAAUGGAAGAGAUGAUAUAUGGGCAAAUAGCAUGUCAGAUGGGUCAGAUUGCGACAAAAGCCACGAUACUAUUGGAAAUUUAAAUUUUGAUAUCAGUUCUCAUUCAAUAUCUAUGAAUGAAGGUAAAAGAUCUUCAUUAUCUUCGAUACUAAAUGAACUGAAUGAUUAUCUAAAGAAUUAUAAUGAGUCGCUACCUACUCUAAACAUAAGAUCACAAUCAUCAGAAGUAGGAAUAGCAUUGUUAUAUUAUUUAAAAGGUAUACUUGAAAAGAAAGAAAACAAUAAGUCAUUAGCAAUGUCGUCAUUUUUGAAAUCUUUAUCAAAAUUUACUUUUAAUUGGACCUGUUGGGUAGAGUUACUUGAUUGUAUAACUAAGGCAGAUGAAUUCAUGCUAUUAACAAAAUAUUUAAGCGAAAAAUUUAAAAUUGAAGACAUGAAUUGUAUAGGUAUGCAAUCAGAUGUUAACCACAAUAUAAUGAUCAAAUUCUUUAAAUUAGUAUUAUUCCAAGAGUUCAGUGGAGAUAUAGAUAACUUUUUAGAGAAUUUAGAAAGUUUGCUAAAUAUUUUCCCUAAUUUUUCCUUUUUAAAAGCACAAAAUGCAUUAAUCAAUUAUAAUUAUAUGGACUAUGUUAAUGCGGAGCAAUUAUUUGAACAAAUAAUAAAAGCUGAUCCAUACCGUCUCGAUGAUCUUGAUUUCUAUUCAAAUAUAUUAUAUGUCAUGCAAAAACAACCAAAGUUAUCAUAUUUAGCUCAGUUCUGUUCACAAGUUGAUAGAUUUAGGCCGGAAACAUGUUGUAUAAUUGCUAACUACUAUUCUGCAAGGCAAGAGCAUGAGAAAUCUAUUUUAUAUUUCAGAAGAGCUAUAACGUUAAACAAAAAAAACAUUAGCGCUUGGACAUUGAUGGGUCAUGAGUUUGUAGAAUUAAAAAAUUCUCAAGCAGCAAUUGAAUGCUAUAGACAUGCAGUUGAUAUAAACCCUCGUGAUUUUAAAGCUUGGUAUGGUUUGGGACAAGCUUACGAAGUUCUUGAUAUGCACCUAUAUUCAUUGUAUUAUUUCCAAAAAGCAUGCACAUUAAAACCACUGGAUAAAAGAAUGUGGCAAGCAUUAGCUAGUUGCUAUGUAAAAAUUGGGAAUUUUAAUGAUGCCAUAAAAUCAUUCGAAAGGGCAUUACAAUUAUCAAUAAAUACAGAUCAAGACUCAUCGUUAUUAUACAAACUAGCGGAAGUUUACGAAAAAUCAAAUGAUCUGGAAAAUUGUAAAGAAUACAUGAUACGUUGUGUAAAUGUCGAAGCUCUCACGGAAGGAUUUGUUACAGAUGAAAUUGCUAAAGCUAGACUAUGGUUGGCAAGAUAUGAAUUAUCUAGACAAAAUUUUGAAGAAGCUUACGGCUAUGCAAUCGGUGUAUCAACAGGAAGCACACAAGAUAUAGAAGAGGCUAGAGCAAUAGCAAGAGAGUGUAGAAAACAAGUAUAA